AUGUCUAUAAUAAUAGAAUCAAAGCGAGACAAUGGAAGAUCCUCAGUAUCAUCACUGAUUGCCACAACUUCUAUGGCUGCUGUCAUCAGUCUGGCAUCGAUGGCUAUGUUAUUUGGUUUUGGAUGGACGCCAUGGAAGAACCUGUCACUGUCUUUUCGGAGCAGUGACGACGACGACGAGAAUGAAAUGCCUUAUGUUGAUGGACAAGAGGAAAAGGUGGCAGGUGAGACCAGCAGUCGGACAGUAGAAGCCCAAGAUUCGAGUGUAUUGCCUCAGCAUUUGCGUCGGGCCAUAUGGAAGGAACAAAAACGAAAAGAAAGUGUCCGAUUCCUGGCCAUGAAGAAACCAAUGUACGAUAAUAUUGAAAUGUACGAUCCCGAUGGAGAUUUGUUAUGUACAAUUGCUAUAAAGAAAGCAAAUUGGUAUGUCAAGAAGGAUUUGGGAACCUGGAACAAGACCAAGACGGCCAUACACCUUCGAUUCAAGCCACGAGGCAAGUCGGAAAACGUCUACAAUCAAUCGCAAAAACAAAACGUAUGCGUUUCGUGUGGGGAUGACAAGCACCACAUGCGACACUAUGUUGUCCCGUACUGCUAUCGAACCCUGCUUCCCGAAAAGUACAAAACACACAUGCCCCACGACAUUGUCAUCAUGUGUCCUGAUUGUCAUUUGACUUGUGAACAAGCCACCCAACGGAGGCAACAAGAACUGGAACGAAAACUCCGCAAGGAUCCAUCAACCGCCAAAAAGGUCAUCCCGAGCAAGGAGUUGUAUCAUAUUCGAAGUUGCGCCUUGGCAAUUAUGAAUCAUGGUGAUAAAUUGCCAGCUUUCAAAAAGGAUGAAUACGCGGCACUGGUACGCAAACACCACCAACUUGACGAGCAAGAAGAACUAUCAAAAGAGAUUUUGCAAGCGACUAUUGACAUGGAGUUUACCAUCCCUAAUGAACAGUUUAUACCAGGAGCUGAACUCGUUAUCGACGCCUUGAACCAAGACGAUUAUAAGAUUGCCGAGUUCAUCCAAGACUGGCGCUACCACUUUUUGGAAACGUCCCAACCAAGGUUUCUACCUACUGGAUGGGAUGUGGAUAGUCCGGUUCACUGCGACCGACCCAACCAAAGAAACUAA